GAAAUCCUCACAAGGAUCAGCACUGGGACACCAGCUUGCAGUAGCUUGGGAGACUGAGCCACACAGGGUGAGAUGUCUGAGGAAGACGCACCAGUCCCGGAGGCUCCAGUAGAGGGUGGUGUGGAGCCGGCAGUUUUGACUCCCUCCAGAGACAGCCGCAAGUUGGACUGCAUCAUCUGCUACAGCGCCUACAACCUGACCGACCGGCUGCCCCGCAAGCUGUACUGUGGGCACACCUUCUGCCAAGCGUGCCUGCGACGCCUGGACACCAUUAUCAAUGAGCAGAUGUGGAUCCCCUGCCCCCAGUGCAGGCAGAACACCCCUCUGCCACGUGGGGGCGCCAGCGGGCUCGACCUGGACCUGGCCGCCUUCCUGGGCGUGAAGGCCGAGGCGGACGGUGCGCGGGGCGGAGGCGUGGGGGCCUGGCACGGCGGGCCCGGUGGCCUUGGCCACCACCUGGAGCCCAAGCCGUCCUUCAGCAAGCAGCCGUCGCCGCCCAUCAUGGAGCAGCCGCCGUCGGCCUGGGUGCAGGGGGCGCUGGCCGAGCCGCGCUUCCAGCGGAGCCCGUGCUGCCGCCACUGCGUGCUCUGCUGCUGGUGUUGCUGAGCGAUCCCGCCGCCGCCGCCGCCGCCGCCGCCAAAGGAAAGGGACGAGCACAUGGCUUGGCGGAGACUGUAGGCUGCAUGUGUGAAGGCACCACACAGGGAACUGACCGUUCCCAGGGAGGACCUAAGAAAAGCAACUAAAGCCAGACUGACACACUACGAAAGAUUUAAAGUCCAGAUUCUGAAAUUAGGUUGCAUCACACAUACAAGGAGAAUCUACACUGCUGUACUUGUGCUACAAGACUCAAAAACAAUGGGGCUGGCGACUUAGUGAACAAUCCUCUAAUUUUCACAGGCAUCCGGGCAGGUCUUUGCCACUGCCACCAGAAACGUUUCUGCAUUGCUGAAUUUGAGCCGCUGUCCGUCAUAGCUCUCUAACACGCCUAUGAAUCUACUGUUUAGUUUUAUAAAUGUGUUUUUGAGGAGACAACGUUCAUCUAACUACAGACCACAGAUGAAGUACUUCACUGGCCCAUCAAGUGUGCGGAACUCAGGUUCCCCCUGGAACUGGGAGUCCCAAGUACGGUCCUGCAUCGGUCGUCCUCAGGACAGUGCAGCUCCAUAGACGGAGACUGCAUAGGACGAUGACCAACUGGUGGUAUUGCUAUAGAACAAACAAAAGCCACUACAGGGGACUCUACUGAAUUACUGAGCAGGAAGCAAGGAGUUAAUGUCAAGCAGGAUUGAGGACAAAGAUGUCUGUGAGCUCGAAACUUCGAUGUGCUUGAGUGUGAAAUUGAUGAGCUUCACGAUGAUCAGCUGAUGGACUUUCAUGGUGUUUGCACUUUCUCCUGCCUGCUCUUGGCGCGCUGUACUUACAUGGAUGACAUUCAAAGUUUAAUGCUCUCUGCUUCCUACAAUUCUGGGACACUACCAUCCUUCUCGGGACUGCUGCUAAGCAAAGGUCCUCACAAAGGAGACACGUCCUCACAACGCCAG